AAAAAAAAUGAAAAGUUUGGCAAGUGCAGGUGUACUAUAUGUAGAGACCUGCUUAUACAAGUACCAGUGGCCAGUUCUUGACGAUUCUGAUAUGAUGCCAUUACCAUUGGAUCGCCAAUGCCAUCUGAACCACAACUUAAUGACAUGAAGUAUACUAGAGAGUUCAAGAACGGAUACUUGAAAACCCAUAAACAGAUGAAUUGGAAAGUUUGUUAUGACAAAGGAUUGGCUGAAGGUUAUUUUUCAAGAUACAAGAACUACAAAACACUGAAGAGCACAUUUAACGAACUUAAAAAUAACCAAAUGUCUUAUAUAAUAUUCUACAUUUUAUUGUCAUCAAUAUGAUUUUUCAGAUAUUCUUUCUCAAAAAAAAAUAAUAAAAGCC